AACGGCUAGAUGUGGGUUUGUGCGGUCGGUGGCCCGGCGCUCCGUGUUAAAAGGGGCGCACCGGGGAACCUGACCACACUCCACACCACUCUACCACGCCACGCCGACUAGCUAGCUUCUUCCUCCUCCCCCAAUCUUGGUCACUAGCGCCAGCUUGCUUGCUACUGCUCCGGCGAGCUAGAGCUCCUCCGCUUGCUGAAGCUGCUGCCAUGGCGGCGCCUCUGCUCCUCAUGCUCCUGCUCGCCAUGUUCACCGGCUCAGAUGCGCUCUUCUGCGUGUGCAAGAACGAUGCGUCCCCGGCGGCGAUGCAGAAGGCCAUCGACUACGCCUGCGGCAAGGGCGCCGACUGCACCCAGAUCAUGCCCACCGGGCCCUGCAACAACCCGUCCACCAUCGUCGCGCACUGCUCCUACGCGUGCAACUCCUACUACCAGAAGAACGCCGGCAUGGGCGCCACCUGCGACUUCAUGGGCGUCGCCACCCUCACCGGCGCAGACCCCAGCGCCGGCGCCUGCAAGUACCCGGCAAGCGCAAGCGGCGUCGGCACCGGGACAGGCGUUGGGACCGGCACCGGAGCUGGAACCGGGAUGGGCACCGGCGCAACCCCCGGCGCGGGCAUGGGAACUGGUGCAGGCACCGGCGUGGGUACCGGCACUGGCGCAGGAGGCAUGGGUGGCACCGGCGGAACCGUCCUCGCUCCGCCGGGCUCGACUACCACCGGGAUGCCGGGGAGCCCAUUCGGCGGCGCGUACGGCCCGUCGGGCAACAGCAUGAGCCCCGACUACAGCCACGCCGUCGGCCGCCACGUCGCCACCGCCGGCGCCCUCAUGGCGCCGCUGCUCCUGCACUUCAUCUGAUCGAGUCGCGGGUGGCACGCCUGCAGAAAGGGAGGGCCUCGGCGGGGACGAAGCCGGAUUUGGUGGGCACGCCCGCCGGAACGCUGUGGCCGUUUGUCCCCGUCUGCCUUUCCGGCCUUUUGAUCGUUCGAUCGGGUAGUAGUGCUCUACUAGUAGCAGUGUAUUAAACUGAUGACAUCUACCUUCUUCCUGGUGGUGGUGGCCAUGUGGUUGUACCGUGGUAGGAGAUGAUGAGAUCUAGGGAUUCUUUCUUCCUCUCGUAGCGGUGGUGUUCGUUCGAGACCUAUAAUUAUGUGUUGUUCCA